UAUUAUAAAGGUUCCACACGUAUAAUAUCGUAAUCUUUGGUUCCACACAAAAGUGAAUGUAUUUUGUGUUUCAUGUUUUGGUGGGAAGUGCUUAUUUCGGUAUAAUUCAAAGAUAACUAUUAUUAUUUACUUAUUUAUUUACAUGUAGCUUGGUGUAGUGUUUCUAAUUUCUAUUUAUUUAUACGAGAAACAAGCAUGUUUGAGAAAUCAUUUUAAAAAUUUGGUAUUUUCUUCAAAUUUAAAUUUACUAAAUGUCGUUUUCAAGGUUUUUGUAGGACUGUGUUGGUUACACAUUAUUUACUUAAGUUGGAAGCUUAGUGAGACAUCAUAAAAAUGCCUUUGACUGCUGAUGUUGCUGCUCAGCAAGUUCAGGAACGUUUGCGUUCACUGCAUAGGCUUAUAUAUGAUAUUGAGGUUGAAAGAGGGCGAAAUGAACAGUGCAUUGAAUCAAUAUUACGUGCUGAAAAAGUAGCAGAAGCUCAACCCGCAACAGAAGACUCAUCCAGUUCAUCACAGCAGCAAACCCAGUUGAAAAGUUUAUACAAAGCCGGUUUAGGUGCAGCUGAGCAGGAGGAGCGAUUGCUUAGGGCGGCGCUGUCCCGAAUCUAUGAGAUACGUGCAAUCAAGAAUGAGAGGCGCAUGCAGGCUCGUCAUGCUGGUAACAAAGAGACUAUCGGAUGCGGCGCGCUCAUGAAGAUGCUGCUAAGCGCGGCUCAGACUUUACCAUUGCACGUGGGCCGCGUGGGCGAGCGCGCCCCGCCGCUGUGUGGGGCAGUACCCGCCGACGCCGGGCACGUGGCGAGGCCGGGCGAUGCUGUCGCGGCACUAGUUAGGGUAUCAGAUAAAGAGGAGAAUUGGAUAUUAGCAGAGGUGGUGAGCUGGUUGCCAGCUCAAGGGAAGUAUGAAGUGGAUGAUAUAGACGAAGAGCAGAAGAACCGUCACGUUCUGAGCAAACGGCGCGUGGUGCCGCUGCCGCUGAUGCGUGCGGACCCGCGGACCGAUGAACCGGCACUGUUCCCUAAGGGUGCCGUAGUGAUGGCACUGUACCCGCAGACUACGUGCUUCUACAGAGCAAUAGUCAACAGGCUACCUUCGAAUGCUGCCGACCCUUAUGAAGUUUUAUUCGAGGAUUCCUCGUACGCGGACGGUUACUCGCCGCCGGAGCGUGUGGCGCAGCGUUACGUUAUCGCCAUCAAGGAGGGCAAGGGCCGGGCCACCUGACCUCACGCGCAGACGCGCGCCUCACUGAUGCCUCACGCCUCUAUAGCGCGCGCCUCGCCGUUGUCUACAGACUCUAUCGUAUAGAUAUAAUGACUAACAGGAAGUUGCACAAACGUCCAUUAAAAUAGCUAUUAGUUUUCAAAUUUAAAACAUCGAUUAGAGCUAAGUCGUCGUUAAACCCUAAUGGACGUUUGUGCGACUGAUUUUAUAAGACGCAGUGCCGGUUUAAUCCAGAGCGGGGCCCUAUCCCUGAUUUGCUUGGCUUGAGAUUAGUUAAGUUUAUAAUUAAAAUAAAACAAUAUUCUCACAAACAUACUUUGCUUGAUAUAUUUCAUUGUAAAAGCAACCGCCAAUGCAACUGUUUAGAUUACACUCACAAUGUCAGUAUCAAUAUGCACGUAUGUUGAGGUUUAACAACAAAAUAAUUUAUGGUUUAUGGCUUUAAAAAAAAUAUGGGAAUGACGAUGACAAAUAAUCGCAAUCAGUAACUUUGCAAACGAAACAGAAAAGUCGACCUUUGCUUUCCGAAUGACACAACGCAACUAAUCUGUGUUUUGAGUUUUAUUUGUUAGUUUAUACUUAAAUAUGAGUUUUGACAAUGAAUUGAAAAAUUUAUGGGUCAGACCAUAGCGGGGCUCGCGGGGCCCGUAGCAUCUGCUACGUAACUAAUCCGGCACUGAUAAGACGCUAAGGCGUGAUACUACUACACGAAAUCGAAUUAAGAUCUCCGACUAGGUAUAAUUAUAAGAAAUUAAAUAUAUACAUGUCAAGAU